UCUCAGGACAUGACGUAUUUAGAGUAGUUGUGCAGUAAUCACAGUCGGAGUGUGUUUCCAAAGAACCGCUACAUCGUCAUUCUCACAUUAUUAAGAUAAAUGAAAGACAAUAUAAAUUGUUAGACGUGAUUUCGUGAUUUGUGUCUAAAAAAGAAGAAAUCGAAAAGUAAACAAGAAAUUUCAUUAUUUACAAUAGUGAGUUUUAUGUGUGACAGUUGAUCAAGAUUACUCGGGGAAAGGGGUGUGGGCCGACUGAACGCCAGAAAAUAUUAGACGAAGAUCUUAUACUAAACCGUGACAAAUGGAUGUUUCUCUCAACAACGAAGUGUUACAAUUAGUGGAUAGAUUUCUUGUGCACUGAGGACUGAAAUAAGUUAGGGGCCAGUUCGGGCCCUGGGAUACGCGCUAUGGACACUGUGGACAGUGUUAACAAACGGCAACCCACCCGUGUCUUUAAAAAAUCCAGUCUCAAUGGCAAAAUCACUGUUUACCUUGGAAAAAGAGAUUUCGUCGAUCAUAUAACCCACGUUGAUCCUAUCGACGGUAUAAUACUCAUUGACCCAGAUUACGUGAAAGAUCGUAAAGUUUUCGGCCAUGUUUUGGCAGCGUUUAAAUAUGGAAGAGACGAUCUCGACGUGCUUGGACUAUACUUCCGAAAGGAUCUUUAUCUUGCUGCGGAACAAAUUUAUCCCCAGGUGACAAGCUGUCAGCCGCGCAGAGAGCUGACACGUCUUCAAGAGAGGCUAAUGAAGAAAUUAGGAAGUAAUGCCUAUCCGUUCUAUUUUGAGCUACCACCACAUUGUCCGGCCUCUGUGACGUUACAACCAGCACCUGGUGACAACGGUAAACCAUGCGGCAUCGAUUACGAAUUAAAGGCCUUCGUUGGUGAAACUCAGGACGAAAAACCCCAUAAAAGAAAUUCAGUAAGGCUAGCGAUACGGAAGAUAAUGUACGCCCCAUCCAAACAAGGCGAACAACCGUACGUCGAAGUCAGCAAAGAGUUUCUGAUGUCGCCGAGCAAGCUGCUUUUGGAAGCGUCUCUUGAUAAAGAGCUUUAUCAUCAUGGCGAAAAUAUAGCUAUAAACGUGCACAUCGCGAACAAUAGUAAUCGAACAGUUAAAAAGAUAAAGGUGUCCGUGCGACAGUUUGCAGACAUUUGUUUGUUUCAAACCGCGCAAUACAAGUGCGUCGUUGCUGAAGCUGAAAGCGAUAUAGGGGUAGCGCCAGGAUUCACCCUGAGCAAGGUCUUUUCUCUAAGGCCGACGCUUGCCGACAACAAAGACAAGCGAGGUCUUGCUCUAGACGGUCAACUUAAGCACGAGGACACCAACCUCGCAUCUAGCACAAUGGAGGGAUGCCCAGUGGGGCCAGGUUUCACGCUGAGCAAAGUCUUCUCCUUGACACCGCUUCUCGCCAACAACAAAGAUAAAUGGGGGCUCGCCCUCGACGGCCAACUCAAAGACGAGGACACCAAUCUGGCGUCCAGCACCCUCGAACUAGUCGCCUCGUUGCCAUUUAUUUUGAUGCACCCUAAACCAGAAGAAGAAAAGUCAACACUUUCAACGUCACCACCAAGUCCAACGAAUAAAGGCGAUGGUGGUGAGGUACCGCUCGAUACCAACCUCAUACAACUGGACACGGAAGUCGAUGGGGACGACGACAUCGUAUUCGAGGACUUCGCACGUCUAAGGUUAAAAGGCGAGACCGAUGUCUGACCGUGUUACGUAAAUGAUAUCGUCAAGUUGCAGGCUGGAACUACCACUAAACGUCCAAAGUUUCAAGACGCCACGUCCUCUGCCAAUACACGCCCUUUUUCAUUUUUUAUUUAACAAAAAAGAAAGAAAAAAACGUCUCAAAGGGUUCAAAGUAAAUUAAUAAAUGAAAAGAGAAAAGAAAAGAAAAGAAAAGAAAAAAAUCAAUCGUUGCGUCGUUUAUAGUGUAUUUGUGCGUGAGUUUGUGUGAGUCUGCUGUGUUUCUGCGUGUAUGUAUGUAUGUAUGUAUGUAUGUAUGUAUAUGAAAUAUUGUAAAAAAAAAUUUAAAAAGAAGACAAAAAAAACAUUUAAAAAUAAUUGAACAUUUAAACAAGAAGAAGAAAAUUAAUAAUAUGAUCAUAACUCGUCGGGGUGGGAAGGGGGGAGUCACACGAAAUUCUUUUUCUAAUUGGUGUAAAUGUUUAUUAAUUAUUAAACAUUUUAUUUAUUUCAAUAAUGAAGAAAUUUGUACUAAACAAUUAACGCUUAUUAAUAUUCGUCAGAAUAUAACUGGUCAA